AUGGUGUCUGUGCUCCCCCUUUUGCAGACCUUCCGCUGUGCGGUCCCGAUUGUAUUCGCACACUUCGUGGUGCAGGUGCAGAAAACCCCUGUGACCAUCCUGGCUCCAGGUGUAAUGAAUCCUGCAGCUGCAAAAAAGCCGGCAACUUUUGUGAAAAAUUUUGUCAGUGCUCAGUCGAUUGUUCCAAUCGGUUUUGUUCCCUAUAGGUGGGGUAUUUUUAUGAAGGAUGGCGCGGAAAAAAAUGAGUUUAUCUAUGAGUACUGCGGGGAGAUUAUCAGUCAAGACGAGGCGGAGCGACGAGGCAAGAUCUACGAUCGCACCAUGUGCAGUUUCCUGUUUAACCUUAAUCGUCAAUUUGCCGUUGAUGCUAUGCGCAAGGGAAACAAAAUUAGAUUUGCUAAUCACUCCAUUAAUCCUAAUUGUUAUGCUAAGACACUCGACUUGAUGGUUUGGUUGACUGUUCGUGUGUUAGGUCUUGAUGGUGAACGGAGAUCAUCGCAUCGGCAUCUUUGCAAAACGAGCCGUCCAGCCGGGUGA